AUGAAUAUAUUAGCAUCAGCAUCACAAUCGAUUUGGUGGAAAAUCGGUGGUUUGUCAGCUGCCUCCGCUGUUGGUCUUGGUGCAUUCGGUAGUCAUGGUCUGAAAAAGAAAGUUAGUGAUCCUGUUAAAUUGGAUUAUUGGAAAACAGCUUCUCACUAUCAUUUACUACAUUCAAUUGCAAUUAUGAUGGCACCAUUUUCCAAAAACCCAAAUUUUGCUGGUGUUAUGUUUACUUCUGGUGUUGUAUUGUUCUCUGGAUCCUUAUAUUAUAUGACUGUUGGUCAAAAGAAAAUGGGAUUUGUACCACCAAUCGGCGGUGUAGGUCUAAUUGCAGGAUGGUUAGCUCUAGUUUUGUUGGAUGUUGAACUUGUUGAACGUUGA